AUGUUCUGCUUCUGCCUGCAGAGUUCCCUGCUGAAGCUCCAGGCGCUGGAGGUUGAGGGGGGGCCCUCGCUGGGUCCGUCCCCAGAGGAAACGCCCCCUGCGCUGGGCAGCAAGGAGCAGAAGAGCCCCUGUGGCGUCGCCGAGCUCGGAGGGAAGGAGGGGAAGACGCUGGCUCUGUUCCACAACGCUGACGAGAACAGCCCGCCAGAACUGCUGACGGUCCUGACCAGACCUCCCCAGUCCCCCAGACACCAGCCGUUAACUACCAUCCACCCCAGCCAGCAGCCCCUCACCCCAGAUGGAACGCUGCCCCCCAGCCCUCACCACUCACCCUACUCCCCACAGAGGAGCAGCCCUGGAGGUGAGGGGGGAGGAGAAGGAGGAGGUGGAGCCCUCCUCAAGCUGCUGGCGGGCGGCCAAAGCCCCCUCCCCUCCCCCCGAUGCUCCAGUCUCAGCCACAGCCUGAGGUUCAACUCCGACCCCGACACUGCACCUUCGCCCCCCUGCAGCCAGCAGUACAUACUGUCUCGAGCUCGGGGGGACAGGACGGAGGGAUCGGAGGAUAAGUGUCCCCCCUCCAUCCCCUUCCUCACCAGACAGAUUCAGACCCUGAAGAAGAAGGUUCGCAGGUUCGAGGAUCAGUUUGAGCAGGAGAUGAACUACAAGCCGUCGCACAACGAUAAAUAUUCAAACCCGGAGAUGGUCAGAGUGAUGAGCGAACUGGCAAAAGCUCGCAAACAGCUCAAAGAGCUGAGACUCAGACAGUCGGUGUUCGAGCCGAAGGAGCAGGACGCUCCAGAAAACACAGACAUCUGCAGGUACGGCUCCGGGCAGCAGGGGGCGUCGGAGCACAAACCGACCCUGGAGGAAACGGUGGAAUCUCUGUUCAGACGACUGAGAGAGAAGAGACGAGCUCUGGGUCUCCCAGACAACAUGAAGGAGAUGACCCAGGCUCAGAUGGUGUUGGAGAAGAUCACGCUGCAGAAAUGUCUGCUGUACUUUGAGAGCGUGCACGGCCGACCGGGAACCAAACAGGAGAAGAACCUGGUGAAGCCUCUGUACGACAGAUACCAGAUGAUCAAACGUUUGCUGUGCGCCAGCCCCACGAUCACCACCAUAGAGGAAGAGGACGGAUCCGAUGAAGACUCGAUGAGCUCGAUGCCAGUGGAUGAACUUCCUGUCCCGCCUCCUCUCAGAGCGACCCGACCAGCAGCCGGCGAGGAGGACAGCGACCGGGACAGCGACCCGGCCUUCGUGUCCCCGUUGGACGAGGUGAAAGCCGUCCGUCAACAACCUCCCCUCACCACGGCCAACCUGCACGAAGCCUCCAGGUCUCAGCUGCUGGAGAGUCUGCGGGAGACGAGGGCGGAGAAGAAGACCAGGCGUAAAGCUCUGAGGGAGUUCGAGGACCAGUUUUACCGUCAGACCGGAAGAAUCUGCCAAAAAGAGGAUCGCACUCCGAUGAAAGAGGAAUACCAGGAAUACAAACAGCUGAAAGCUAAACUCCGGCUGCUGGAAGUCCUCCUCAGCAAACAGGAUGUCUCCAAAACCAAGUGAGAGGAGACAGCUCCCAAACACCCCCUCUGUCCCAAACCUAUGGUAGAACAUCUGUUCUUAAUGUACCGUGCUAGCGUAACAGUCAGUUGACACUUGUUGGACCUUUUUGUUGCACCUGGAGUUUUAGUGCGUUUUUCCAUCCACGCUUCUGUGAGUAACCGACUUCUCACUGCCUCCUCUCCAAACUCAACAUUUGUAGAAAGUGUAAAUAUCCCAUCAGUUUUAUAAAGAAAAAACCAGACGUCUCUCUGGACUGUCUGAACCAGCAUCCUACAGUGUUUGUCCAGCGCUAUCUUCAAGUCCGAAUUAUUUUGUACAACUGCAUUUAUUCCAGUCUGGAGGGAGAACUGUAAAACUCCAGAGGGAACUGUAAACGUUUCUUUGUUCCAUCUUGGACACGUGUGAUUUAACGGACCAAAACAUUUUUACACGGGACUCAAUGUCUCUGAGCGUUUGUCGGACUGAGAGCACUUUGAUCUGUCAGCGGCGCUGUGGACAAGGACAAAGACGAGAGCUGCUUUAUGAAAUGGCCUCGUUUCAGAAGACGGUAGCAGGUUUCAUGUCGUCAGCCAAACGAUGAAGCAUCGAGACACUGAACCUUCUCUCCAAACAAACAACACUGAGUCACGUGGAAACGUUGACCCCAAGACCGGAGGCUGCGGUUUGGUUUCUUAGGCUUGAGAAUAAAUCGGUAGUUUAACGACAAGAAACAACAAACUGAAAAGUAAAAAUCAUCUUGCUCUUGAGCUGUGGACCAAAUCACACGGGUUGUCUCAGUUGCCAUGGACUGUAGAUGUCACGUCAAAUGAAACCAUUCAUGACAUCCAAGGUUCACGUCAUCGGAGACCUUAAGACGGUCGAAGAAAUGCGAAGUUAGUCGUCUUUAAAUCACAGUGAUUUCAAGACGACUAACAUCCGCAGUUCCAUGAUCACUCAGCAAACUGAGAAAAUCCUGUGAUAUGAUCAAAAGCUCCGACAGCUACUAACCACGACCUUUCGUAAAAAUGCCACGGACGCAGACGCAGGAGAAUCGGCAGGCCCCCCGCUGGCCGCAAACGUAGGAGAGCCGUCCGACGCAGGAAGGAGGCAGUCGCAUUAAACAUGUAGUCCAAAAAAAAAAAGCUCCGCUCUCACGAAUGUAAAACUGGCAAACCACAUGGCACCGAGGUCCCAGUUGACCUCUGCAACAGCUGCCUCGGUUCAGUGUCUUGUUGAAAUCUCCACAAAAAUGUGCAUGGGUGGAAACGUUUGGGGAUAAAGAUGCAAUGUCGAGAUUAGUGUUAGUGUAAUGUUUGUCUGAGUAACGUGGGGAGAUGCACCUGUAUCUAUAUCAUAGCACUUUAUGUUGAAAAACUGAAUUUAUUUUUAUCCAUAGUCUCAUGUUAAUAUGCAAUAUGGUCUGUAUUUAGAGAUAAGUGUUGGUGUAGAUAACAAACAGAUCUGGAAAUCAGAGCUCGAGAUAUUUGCGUCAACAUGAUCUGAGACACUGAAACUUCAGUUAGCCGCCCUCCUGUAAAUAAUCUCCGCUGUGUCUCUACUGAAUGUCAGAGUUGAGAAAAGGGCUUCAAGCUGCGGGGCACAGCAACCCAACGACAAAAAAAUAUCAAACAUCAACUCCCCAGUAGAGGACAAAUGGAAAUGAAGGGAGCUGAAUUCUCAGUAUUACGUAGUGAGUAAAGUCUUUAAU